ACUGUGUUUUACAAUAGCUAGAUAUCAGUAGCGCCCAGAGAACACAGUACAAAAAUUGGACUCCGGUGCGUAAUUUCCGGUUCUAACAGCCAGAAAUAACUGUAUUCGCCGGCAGGUCCAGGGUCAGCUUAAAAUGUUGAUAUUGCGAGCCACUCGGUCAAUGAGCAUCGUUGUAAAAUGUAUACUGAUCCAAGAUCAGGAAUUUGAAUGCCUUUUUACUUUCAUGAUUCACGUUGUGUAAAAUUCUGCCACCACUUCCGCAUUGAGAUCUUGACAAACUAGCUUAUCAUGGCAGUGUCCCUAAUAUCUUAUCAGACGUUGAGUUGUCGAUUGUUAAACCGUAUGAUUUCGCACCAAAGCGUGAGCACAAUCUGCAACUUUACACGCGCUUUAUCGAGAAGGACUAGCUCUCCGUACACAGAUCUCUCACCACGGACAGUCCACCGUCUGGUAAAUCUAUGUGGGAGUUGGACGUGCCGGACAUCACAGUGGUUGUCUUUUUACGACUCAAGAUCAUUCUCGUCUUUACCUCCACCGCCCCCUUCUGGUGAUAAAACCAAAAAGACAGGGCCAGUGACUUGGAAAUCAUUAGCAAUAACAUUUGCAUUCGGGGGUGUUCUCCUUGCCGGAAUGAAAUAUUUCAAGAAAGAAAAAGAAGAAUUGAUUGAAAGAGAAAGGACAAAGUCAAUGGGGAAACCAGCACUUGGGGGUCCAUUCUCUCUUGUGGAUCAGAAUAAUAAACCCUGUAAAAGUGAGGAUUUCCUCAGCCAGUGGGUCCUUAUCUACUUUGGGUUUACACACUGCCCUGACAUCUGUCCUGAUGAAAUCGAGAAAAUGAUUGAGGUGGUUGAUGAAAUAGACAGGAUACAGUCUCUUCCAAACCUGACCCCCAUCCUCAUCACCAUUGAUCCUGACAGGGACACACCAGAGGCCAUGGGGACAUAUGUGAAAGAGUUCUCCCCUAAGCUCAUUGGCCUGACUGGGACAAUGGCCCAAAUUGACCAGGUCUCUCGAGCCUACAGAGUCUACUACAGCCAGGGACCAAAGGAUGAAGACAAUGACUACAUUGUUGAUCACACAAUCAUCAUGUACCUGGUUGGUCCGGACGGAGAGUUCAAAGAGUAUUUUGGACAGAACAAGAGGAGCGCUGAGAUCUCCUCUUCCAUUGCAUCACACAUGAGGAAGUACAAGAAGGGGAAUUAAGAGGUGAGAUGAAGGAGAACUGGUCAAGUGUACUGUCUGUGUCUGGGAACACCUCUUGUGUGCCUCUCACAGCCUUCAGAGACCGUCAGCAGCCUCUGGCCCAGCAGCCUCUGGCCCAGCAGCCUCUGGCCCAGCAGCCUCUGGCCCAGCAGCCUCUGGCCCAGCAGCCUCUGGCCCAGCAGCCUCUGGCCCAGCAGCCUCUGGCCCAGCAGCCUCUGGCCCAGCAGCCUCUGGCCCAGCAGCCUCUGGCCCAGCAGCCACUGGCCGCUGCCAUAUUAUGUCAAUGACAUGGAAUAUUUAUCUGCAUUACAGCUUUUCAUUGAAUUCAGAUGUCUACGACUUACCAUUUCCUUGUUGCGGUUCACCAUUUAACAUGGUCUCUAAUAUCAUAUUUAAGUCUAAGAUGAUUUAAAGUGAUUGUUUGCAAAUGGGUGUGGACAACACUUAAGUGUUUACUUUUUCUGCUUUACCCAUUAUUUAAAUCAAUGUAAAAUACAAUUGUUUCGAUGUAAAAUAUGAGCCAACCAGAAAUACUUGAUUUUAAGUACCUAAACAAAUGUAACUACCAUACAAUGUAGGGGGAAAGUAUUCCCUGGAAAUCAAUACUGAAGAACUAAAGGUUUCCAGUGUUUAACAUUGGACACUCCUAAUGGAAAAAAAACAUAAAUAGUUGUUGUUUUGCAGUUACAGUUCGGCUUUACUUCCUUUACACUAAUUCUUCUUUUAUGUCUGGCCCAAUACCUGGACUCGUCUCAGUGACACCAGAAACAUUUAUGCACUGUAAUAACUCUUUGGUUACUCGAUUUGUACUAUUCAUAAAUCAGUCAUAUUUCAACUGAAUUUUCAAAGUAAUGUUUAAUUUAUUAAACUUGAACUUACAAUUUU